AUGGAGAUCUUUUCAAGCAACGCAAUUCCUCGAGGUUCGUGUUUUUGCACCUUGUUUGGAAUCGUGCUGAUCAGCACUGCUGUCAGCUUGAACAUGAGAAUGGACCUCGACAAUUUUCUGGAACAGACGAAACGAAGCUCGUUGGCGUUUAGGAAGAAGCAGAAGGAAGCAGAAGAAAAGGCUCUGAGGAAUAACGAUCUUGCAGACAAAAGGUGCCGAAAGCAGUACAUGAAAAAGCCAAGACAUCGGAGGAAGACUGGAAUAAAGAUUAUGGCGAUGUGA